AUUCUAAAUAAAAAAAAGAAGUUUUGAAUGGAUCGUAAUCUAUAAAUAAUAUUAGAGAAAAGACGAGUUAUAGUAGUUAAUCGAUGAAUAGAACAAGGAGGAGUUUUCAGAUGACUAGGAUUUGGUGUCUUAGAUGGAUAUUGAAGAUUUUGAAUAGCGAUUAAAUACAAGUUAAUGUUUUGUGAGGGAAAAACCUAUAUAACAGAAUUCAAGAGCUUAAUCAGGGGUGACUUAGAGUGGGAAAUAGCCAUAAAGUUUAAAAGAGUUGAAUGAGAAAAUGUAGUAAAAUUUGGUGAAAAAGCAAGUUAAUUAGGCAACAAGAGUAUAAGUGUAAUAGAGAUCAUAAUAAUAAUUUUCGCAAACAUAACAAGUUUAAAAGAAGCAAGAGUAUUUUUGAAAUUAAAAGAAAUAUAGUAAGAGGAAAUCAGUGGAGCCUAAAGCUAGUAAUCCUCGUUAAAUAUUGGAAUAGGCUUAGAAAGACAAUUAGGAAUUGUUAUAGAAGUUAGGAGCAAUGAGAAGGUAGCUAUAAUCUUUGGAAGCAGAGAAUGCUGAAUUGAAAUAGGAAAUUUAAAGGAAGGGUAAUUGUAGUGGUUUUUUACCAAAGAUAGAGUAGGCAGCAAAUUCAGAAUUAAAAUUGUUAAAAAUGGAGAAUGAAGAAUUAAAGAGAAUCAUAUAAAAAUAGAAUGUAUAUAUAUAAAAAUUUAAAUUAUAGGGGAGUGAUUCUGGAAAGAUGUUAUAGAUGUAUGGUUUGUAAGUGGUGAAAUUAAAAUGUAGAAUAGAUGAGUUAACUUAGUAAUUGGAGAAAUAGUGAUAUCAUUAAUAUAU